AUGCUGCGACGACAGGCGCGAUUACGCCGCGAGUAUUUAUACCGGAAAUCGGCUGAAGAAAAACAAAAAAGUAUACAAGCUAAAAAAGAUCAAAUCAAACGUAGUCUUGAAGAGAAUAUACCUAUACAUGGUGAUUUACGGAAGGAUGCCAUCGCUUUACAGAAGAGAAUUGAAUAUGAAGAUAAAGGACCGGAAAGAGUGGCAGUAAUCGGAGGAUUCAGUGGUGGGGCAAACACACUCAAUUCACAGGACGAUGAAUACAGAUAUGCAGGUGUCGAGGAUCCGAAGAUCAUGAUUACCACAUCCAGAGAGCCUAGUGCUAGGCUCAAGAUGUUUGUAAAAGAACUGAGGUUAAUAUUCCCGAACAGUCAGCGUAUGAACAGAGGUGGCUAUGAGAUGUCACAAUUGAUUCAUGCCUGUCGAGCCAAUGAUGUAACCGAUUUCAUAGUUGUGCACGAGCAUCGAGGAGUUCCAGACAGUUUGGUAAUAUGCCACCUCCCAUAUGGUCCAACAGCAUCCUUCACGUUAUCGGGUGUUGUGAUGAGACAUGACAUACCUGAUAUAGGACCAAUGAGCGAACAGUAUCCACAUCUCAUAUUCCAUAACUUUAAGAGUAAUCUUGGUUUACGUACAAUGAGUAUAUUAAAGUACCUGUUUCCUGUACCAAAACCCGAUUCGAAGAGAGUUAUAUCAUUUGCGAACCAUGAUGAUUACAUAUGCUUCAGGCAACAUACAUAUAAAAAGGCAGGCAAGGAUAUUGAAUUAACAGAAGUGGGUCCACGUUUCCAAAUGAGGUUAUAUGAGAUCAAGCUCGGCACUCUGGAAUCCCUGACGGCCGCCGACACCGAGUGGGCGCUCCGCCCCUACAUGAAUACGGCUGCCAAGAGACGCUUCCUCAGUGAUGAUGAUGGAUGGCAACAAGAUGAAUAAAUAUUUUCAUAUAUAAUGAAGUUUUUUACUUUUAAAAAAACAUGUCCUGUAUUUUUAUAAGACAAGAAUGACAUUAAUUUUUAAGGAAACAUUAAUCGGCUCUAUUUUAAUAUCACUUUGUAUCAUCUUGAAAUUUACAUGGUCCUAUCAGUAUUGGGCAUUCACAAUCAGAGUUAAUUUUGAAGUCUUUACUUAUAAACCCACAAAG